CUACGCAUUCGACGCUAGUUCCCCUUAUCCUUCCUGUACAGCAGGGGGCGUAUCGGCGAGGUGGCGAGCUAGCCACGAGCGCGAUCUUUGAAGACCUUCUCGGGUGAACCCUGCGCAACCCCCCCAGCGACGGCGCCGGAUGCGUCUUGGGCACGACGGCCAUGGCGAGCCUUGAUACCGGAGGUUCGACCCGACAGCCUCACGUGCCCAUGGAGGUGGAUCGACACUCCCCGCCCAGCGCCUCCUCCGCGCCGUCAGACCGCGGCUACGGUGCCCAACAAGCCCUCCCGUCCGUAUGUCAAUGGCGUACAGCACGGUAUCACGAUCAAGAAUGCUCGCGGUACUUCGACUGUCCUUCCCACGUCGUUGAGCGGGCGCCAUCGGAUGACGGACAAGAACGGGAGGACGAGGAACGACAGGAUGUGGAAUCGCAGGACACCCAACCGGUCUCUCCCAUAAGCGGGGACUCUGAGGAGGAAAGUGAGGGUGAGGAAACUUUGAGAGCCCGGUCUCCGUCACCCGAGGUGCCGGUUGCCGCUAGUGAAGCGAAUGACGCAAGCCUGGAAGCCCGCAGAGCUGCUGCAGAGGGGCCGGAACGUGGAAAUUCGGGGCUGAGUUCAACUAGUCCCGCUUUCCUGGGAGAUGAUCAACCCCUUGGAAUCCAGCCGAGAGCCGAAUCUGAAAGACAAGGGACUACUGAAAGCGAUAGCAGAGAUGGCGAUGGUGGAAUGCAAACAGCCUUGGGCCCCAUGCCCAUGCCGAGAACCAGCAGAGUUCCCCUUGGACUCCAACCUGUCGACAGACCCGCGGCUAGUGUUGCCGCAACCACGGGACUGGCUCCAGGACCUUCGCCUUCUCUGUCAACCGCAGCCGAACACACCAGCCCAUCCGAGAUGGUGCUGCCGAGGUGGCAGCCGGAUUCUGAGGUCACGUAUUGCCCGUUCUGUGGCACUCAGUUCAGCUUUUUUGUUAGGAAACAUCACUGCCGAAAGUGUGGCCGGGUAGUCUGUAACGCUUGCUCGCCACAUCGCAUCACCAUACCAUACCAGUAUAUCGUCCGGCCGCCCGGUACGCCGCCUCCUAUUGCUCACAGUGCGCCCCUCUCUCUUCUCGACAGUCAAGGGUGGUAUCCCGGGUUCGGCGGGGGUGAGAGGGUGAGGCUAUGCAACCCCUGCGUUCCUGAUCCCAACACGGCGCCGCCGCAGCCUCAAGGGGCUCAAGGGGAGCCGGCGAGGGAUCAAACCAACCCCCGCCCACGCGUGCAACCCGACGACAACACCCCUUCCAAUAGAUGGGGCGUCUACUUUGGUUCCGGGACCCUCCACGACACCCAAGGGAGAAGCCGGAGCGUUACAGUGGGCCAGCAGCUGGGAACGAUGUCUUCCCCUCAGCCACAUUUCCCACCUCACAGGAGCGCCGGAAAUCGCAUUCUAUGGGGCACACCACCGGUUUUACCUACUGCUACAGCGUCACAGUCUCCUUUCGCCUAUCCGGGCAUGGCAUCAGUCUACCGGUCUACGCUCGAAUCAGGUGCCAGACCGGGCCCUUCAACCCUGGCAGGGCCGUCAUCCUCAUCAUCAGCCUCAAUCAGUCGGCGCCUACCCUUCGCCCCGCGCCCCCAGAUUCCGGAGGAAGACGAGUGCCCCGUCUGUCACCGCGAGCUCCCGCCACGCACGCUCCCAAAUUUCGAGUCGCUGCGCGAGGCGCACAUCAAUAACUGCAUCACGGCCCACAGCAGGUACGGUGGCCGUAGCGGCGCCGGCACAUCGGCAGCAGCGACAUCACCCGGUGGUGAGGACGAGUUGCCGCCUGUGCCACCCCGCCGGACGGGCAUGUUCCCCUAUACGGCGACCGAGAAGGACUGUGUUGACUCGGCCGAGUGUUCCAUCUGCCUCGAGGAGUUCGAGGUGGGCGUUGCGAUGGCCAGGCUCGAGUGUCUGUGUCGCUUCCACCGGGCGUGUAUCAACGCCUGGUGGGAAAGGCAUCCUGGACGGUGUCCUAUGCAUCAGCACGAUGGGUUUGGUUAUUAGCGAGUAGUUUGAAUCUGCGGGGGGGAAAACAUCAUUUCGGUAUGGGUGAAGGUUACGGCGUAAAUCCGGGAGAUCUCUUUUUUUGCUGUGUGGUGAUUUUGGAGUCUUUCUUGGCUGGCUGAAAUCGGAUAUGGAUAGGAUAUACAUCGGUAUGUUAGAUUGAGCAUCAGAUACCACUCCUUCGCAUUAUAUGUACAGCAUAUCAUCCAUCAUCACGGAGAGGACGUCCCUAUAUCACAUGCGGCAAGUGCUCCU